CGUCUCCUCCUCCGGUCCUCGCGUCCCGCUGGUGUUUGCUUUUUAUUCCCGCCUCGGUAUCACUGCCGCCGCCGCCGCCGCCGCCGCCUUCCUCUCGCCCUCCGCCUGAUGUCUCCCCUCUCUCCCUUCGUCUUCGGUGCCGCGGAGUCGCUCCCCUUCACGUGGGGACCUUAGUAGCCAUCCCUCGGAGCUGCCGCCUCGCGGUCUGAGCGCUUGCGAGUGGAAGUGAAUGGACAGGAGGGGAAGCAAGACGACAAGAGCUUCCACAACAAAAGGGGGAGUGAUUGAGGGAGAUCAUCCUGAGGACAUUUGCACUUGUUCCUCCUCGUUGCCUUCCUCAGCCGGCCACGGUCUGCACCUCCAAGCCCCCCCCCCCCGCCCCCCCACCUCAGCCAGUAUGUCCAGCUCGCAGACACCAGAGGACGGCCUCUACGGCUCCUGGGUGGAACUGGAGGAGCUGAUCGCAGCGGUGAGCCGCAGGGAGAGUCUGUCAGGACCGCAGGAUAGCAUCUCCUCCGCCCUGCAGGAAGAGCUAGAGAGGAUCCUCCUGGAGGCGCAGCUGGAGUGCGAGCGGAAUCGAGACAGUCCCACGCAGGUCCCGACCCCGCAGUCGGCCGGUUCCCCAAGACCCCCCAGUGAUCCAGACAGUGACUGCAUCACCAUCCAGGAGGAGAGUGACAGGAGAGCUGACACUGAUUGGGUGUGGGACUGGUCCAGCAGGCCUGAAAACAUGCCACCCAAAGAGUUCCUGUUUCAGCACCCGAAGCAGCCGGGCUCUCUCAGCGUCCGGAAGACGGAGGUGAUGAAGAGGGGGAUCUUCUCGUCGGACGUGCUCCUCAUCCUCGUUCCCUCGCUGCUGGCAUCCCAUCUCCUCACGCUUGGAAUCGGCAUCUACAUAGGAAAGCGUUUGGCUUCAUCCACAACUAGCACACUGUGACAUUAGCUCAAGGCCCCGCCGACCCUCCCCAACCUCCCCAACCCCCCCAACCCCCAUAUCGCUAACGUUUUGGCCAGUAAGGUCACGUCCUCUCCUUCAUCACAACCAUAGUACCUCGCCUGUUUGCUUCUAUGUUUAUCACCAUAUGCGUGUGUGUGUUCUGUUGUAGAGCCCGUAAGGGAGGGGCGGGGGGGGUUGUAUGCAUGGACGCGAGCCAAUGAGUCAGACUGAGGUCACUUUAGCCUCUAAAGAAUAAUCAGAAGGAAGACAUUGGCCAGAUGAUACAACAAAAGGAGAAUUUCCUCAUCAAAAAGAGCAAAAAAAAAAGGUCUUUGUCCAGAGCUGAGAACGCUGUGUUCGCACAGAUAAAAUACGCAAGCCCUUUGGACAACCUUGGGGAAAAAAAGCUGUCAUUUGUCACAAGUAAUGACCCUCUGUAAAAUGUUAUUUUUUUCUCUGCCAUAUAUCUCUAAAGUAGAUUUUUUUUUCUGUGUGAGAGUAGGAGUGCUUGUACUUUUUUUGUCCCCUAAUCCCAUUAAAUAUUUAACCUCCCACUAAGACAAUCCCGAUCCCAUUAAAUAUCACUCCUCCAAACCUCAA